CCAGCGCGAUGCAUGGAGCAUGUAUAGGAGAUAUCUCUCCUCUAUCCAGUCUUCCUGUUUCUAGGUUUUCUUUUGAUUUUUUAGGUUAUAGUCUCACAAUUUUUGUAUGUUAUUUUAAAUAAAAUGGAAAUUUAAUUUAUAUAUCAUUAAAUAAUUAUUUGUAUUGUCUUGCGUCCGCUUAGAAUAAAGAUGUUCUUAAGUGUCAAUCUUUAGGGUAGUAAACGUAUUUACCCUGUUUUUAACUAUUAAUUAGUUGAAUAAAAUGUUAAAUUUGAGAAAUAUUGGUCGGGUUUUCAAAGGAUGUGUGCCUCUUAUUAGGCCAAUACAUAUUUCCCCUUGUGUGCAGGAUGAUGAACCACUUUCCGAGAAUGUGAAAGAACUAUUAACUUCGGACAGUGAGUACAAUAAACUAGUUGACCACUUUUGCCAUAUAAAAACUGCCCAUAGAUGCCUUGUUAUACAACCCUAUGUUAAAUGGGGUCCCAGUAAACUGUCUAUAUCACCUGAAGAGCAACUUUCUGAAGCUGUUGCUCUUAUUCAGACUCUACCUUCUUGGUCAGUAGAAGAGACUCUUAGAGUACCCCUUGAUAGUUUAGAUAGAAAAUCAUUGUUUAAAAGUGGAUCUAUGGAAAAAAUUAGGAAUAUGGUGUUAAAAAGGAAUGAUAUUAGCGCAAUAUUUAUAAAUUCCGGUACUUUGAAAAAAGCUACAGUAGAAAUAUUACAAGAGAAUUUUCAGAGGCCUGUGCUGGAUAAGUAUAAGAUAGUCAUGCAAAUUUUAAAAGAACAUGCAACUAGUAAACAUGCAAAACUUCAGGUGGCCUUGGCAGAACUAUAUUAUAUCCAAAGAAAAUCAGAAAAAGAGCUGUAUUUUAAAACAUACAGCUCAGAGGCUCUCAGAUUAAUGUUUCAAAGUAGAGAAAAAAAAAUUAAAGAAGAAAUUAAGCAGCUUAGAAAUCAAAGAAACCUUUUGAGAAAGAGAAGGCAAAAAAUGGACUAUCCUAUUAUAGCAGUUGUAGGGUAUACUAAUUCAGGAAAGACAUCAAUUAUCAAAGUUUUAACAGGAGAAAAAAGCUUACAGCCAAAAAAUCAACUUUUUGCUACAUUGGAUGUGACUGUCCAUGAGGGAGAUUUACCUUCUGGACUCAAUGUUUUAUAUGUUGAUACUGUUGGGUUCAUAUCUGAUAUCCCAGCUAAUUUAGUAGAAUGUUUCGUGGCUACUUUAGAAGAUGCAUUGUUAGCUGAUGUUAUCAUACAUGUGGAAGAUAUAUCAUCAGAAAGCUAUGACUACAAAAGAAAGCAUGUCCUGGAUACAUUAGAAAGGCUAGAAAAACAGUCUGAAGGCAAAGAUAUUUUAAGCAAAGUGAUACCUGUGGGAAAUAAGUGUGAUUUAUUGAAAGAAAAACAUUUUGACCAAGAUCUUCUAUUGGUCUCUGCUCAAAAAGGCAUUGGUCUAGACGAAUUAAAGCAACAAUUAGAAGACUUCGUACUUUUUGUGACAGGUAGAAAAAAAAUAACAAUUAGGAUACCUACUGGAGGAGAAGAAAUUCGAUGGCUUUACAAGAAUGCUACAGUUUUAAAUGAGAUCCCUGAUCAAGAAGAUUUACAAUUUAUCUUUGCCAAGGUUAUUAUUACACAGUCGAGUUUACAAAAGUUUAAAAGUUACUUCAUAUAACAAUUUAUAAUAUAUUAUAUUUUAAAAAUGA